AUAAUGAAUGUAUAGAUGAAUGAAUGAAAUCCUAGGAAGAGCCUGGGUACCUACAACUAUAACCAGCUGGCUUUCGCACGUGGUGCGUUGCUGUGAAGAUGAACAAUUUUCUUCCGCCUCCAGGUCUCGAUCAACAUGAGCGGAACGCUCUCCACUAGCUUUGCCAUGAUCCGUCGGACUUCUUCCGAAGGUCAGGCUCCUUCCUCUCGCCAGCUGCGCGUCGCUCAGCCUGUCGUGGCCAAAAGGAUCAGCUUCUACAAGAGCGGAGACCCGCAGUUUGCGGGCGUCCGGGUGGUGGUGAACCCCCGCUCUUUCAAGACGUUCGAUGCUUUGCUGGAUAACUUGUCGGGGAAGGUGCCCCUGCCGUUCGGGGUGAGGAACAUCAGCACCCCUCGGGGAAGGCACAGCAUCACGCGCCUGGAGGAGCUGGAGGACGGCCAGUCGUACCUGUGCUCCCACGGCAGGAAGGUGCAGCCGGUGGACCUGGACAAGGCCCGCCGGCGCCCGCGGCCAUGGCUCAGCAGCCGGGCCCUCAGCGUUCCCAGUCUCCAGGCUGUGAUCCUGAGCUCUGGAGCUGUGGUGGCAGCAGGAAGGGAGCCAUUUAAACCAGGAAAUUAUGACCUCCAGAAGUACUUGCUUCCUGCUAGAUUACCAGGGAUCUCUCAUCGUGUGCAUCCCAAGGGAAAUGCUAGGUCAGAAAGCAGAAAGAGUGGCAACUGGAAGGUUUCCAUCGUCACCAGUGACUUGCCAGAUGCAGGGACCAGCUCACAGAUUUAUAUUAUACUAUAUGGACGGCACAGGAGUUCAGCACCCAUAUACCUUUGUGGAGCACAUGGAACUCGAUUUCAGGACGGCCACGAAGACGUGUUUACCAUCACAGUUGGAGACAUUGGAACACUCUUUAAGAUUCGUGUUGGUCAUACCAACUCUGGCCUCUCCCCUUCCUGGCACUGUAAAGAGAUAAAAUUGUGGAACGUGAAUUCUGGAAAACAGUUUUAUAUGCCUGUUCAACGGUGGAUGGCACGAGACCAAGAAGAUGGGGAAAUCUGUCGAGAAUUACCUGUUUUAAACAAAGGGCAGCCCAUCCUUCCAGUGACAGUGUAUGAAGUGCGUGUGGCAACAGGGGCGCUUUGGAAUGCUGGAACAGCAGCAAAUGUCUACAUUUCUGUCUGGGGGGAAAAGGGGGAUACAGGAUCCAGACAACUCUUUCGAUCGAAGAGCUCCUUCAAUUUUUUAAGAGGACAAAUCGACACCUUCUCCCUAGAAGCUGUGCACCUGGGGAAUUUGUACAAGAUUGUCAUAGGCCACGAUGGGCUUGGACCAGGAAAUGGCUGGUUUCUCGACGACGUUGUGAUCAAGGACCCCACCACAAACCGCGAAUACGGCUUUUUCUGCCACAGGUGGCUGGAUCAGGGGGAAGGUGAUGGCAAAAUUGUCAGAGAGCUGUAUGCCAGGGAUAAUGCUGUCAUCUAUGCACGGCAGAAGCUAGAAGUUAGUAGAAAAGAAAUGUGGGCUGCAGAGAGCUGGAAGUUCAGGAAGGGAAACACUCUUCAGUUCUACAGCAGGCGGACUGGAGGGUUUGUCCGCCUGCAUCCGGACGGCACAGCUGACGCAGCUGGAGAGAAGUCAGACAAACACAGUCUCUUUGAUGUUAUUUUCAACAAAGGAAAUAUAUGCAUUUUCCAAAGUCAUGAAAUGAGGCAUCUUUCUCUGGCUCUUGAAAAUGGCUCUGUCACUGGAAUGGCCAGUGGUGGAGCCUCCACUGAGAUGCGGGUGCUUUAUCAGCCCAACCGCUGUGCCCUUCUUGAGUCAGUGCUGGUUCCUGGUCACACGAUUACCUUUGAUCGUCGCGGCAAAAUAGCGGAUGAGUCAUCAGCAGGCUAUGCAGACCUCUCAGGAGAGUUUGUGGUUCUUGUCAAGGGUGUGUUCCUGCCCGGCGCUGUGGUUCUGCUCGCUACUAGCCCGUGCCAGGCCCUGUGUCUGCAGCCGGAUGGGAGCUGCACUGGCUUGGGAAAACUGUCUGAACAAUCCUAUUGGAAAGUGCAUAAAAUCAGCUCUGGGAUUUGCAUGUUGGAAAGUGUGAAAAAUGCACAAAUGUUUCUGAGGAUUGAGGAUGGCCAGUGUGAUGGAACGGGCACAGGAGGUACUGACUGUCAUUUUAAAAUUAAGAAGAACCUGGAAAAUGCAUGUGUCAGCCUGGAAUCUGUGAAGAGCCCGGGGCGGUUCGUUGGACUGCAGUCAGAUGGUCAGGCAGCACCAGCUGUUUAUACCAAGAAUGGGGAUGUUUUCUUCUACCCACGCGUCAUCAAGUUUGGCAGAGAAAACCCGUCGGGUAUGUCUGCACCACCCAGCCAAGAGGAGGAAAGGAUUGUUAAGUCAAAAAACCAGCAAGAGAUGCCCGCAGAGCCUGAGGCCGGAGGUGUUGCACCUUCUUCCACUGCAGGAGGAGCCAGGCCUUCCCGAAGCCGUGAGCCUCUCCCGUCGGAAGACGAGUGGGAGGUGUCAGUGCUGACGGGAAGCACCGGGACUCGGGCCCGGGUCACACUCUGGGUGUACGGGGACGAGGGAGUCGCUGGACCAGUCAGUCUCAGCAAGGACGGCCUGGAGCGGCUCUUCCUCCCAGGACAGGAGGACGCCUUCCGGGUCGAAGUAAGACACGUUGGAAAGAUAUACAAGAUAAGGAUAGGACACGAUGGGACUGAGUGGAGCCUGCAGAGGGUGACCAUGCAGCACACGAGGAGCAAGAAGAGGCUAGAUUUUGCAGCGAAUGUGUGGCUAUCGCGAAUCCAAGCAGAGGGGGACAUUGUCUGCGAGCUUCCUGUAGUGAAAGGCGGACAGGCUGUUUUUCCACUGGUGAGAUACCUUGUUGACGUCCACACUGGGCAGCUGAAGCAAGCAGGAACGGAGUCGGAAGUUUCCCUGUGUCUCUACGGGGAGAGGGGAGACUCUGGUCUCAGGCUGCUGUACAAAUCCAACAUGCCAGUGAAGUUUCAAAGAGGACAGGUCGAUACGUUUCAAGUAGAAGCAGUGUCGCUGGGAAAACUGCAGAAGGUGCUGUUGCGCUGCGAGGCCGGUGACAAGUCGCAGUACUGGUACUGCGACAAGGUGGUCGUCAGGGAGCCGGGCACCAUGUCCGAGUCCGUCUUCACCUGCGAGAGAUGGCUUCCCUUUAUGUCUCAGGGCGUAAUUCACUCAGAAGUUGAACUUUAUCUUCAAGAAAUGCAAAUAAACCAUCCACCUAAAAGACAAGAGGAAGCAGAUGAAGGAGAUUGGAAGGUGACAGUUGUCACCGGGGAUCUUGAAAAUGCUGGCACCACGGCAACAGUAUCUCUUUCUGUCUAUGGAGAAGCAAGAUGUUCAGGUCCCAUUAUUUUGGGAUCUGGGAAACACCACCUGUUUAACCCCAACAGUGCAGAUAUAUUCAAGGUAAAUCUUAAAGAUAUUGGUGACAUUUAUAAAGUACGUGUUGGACAUGACAACAGUGGAAACGAUCCCAGGUGGUAUUUGGAAGAAAUUAGACUUGAAAAUAUAGACACGCGUGAACUGUUUUGUUUACCUGUUGAUUCCUGGAUAGCUGAGGAUGAAAAUGACGGAGACACAUGGAAAGAAAUGCCCGUUGUGGGAACCAGCAGGGCACCUUUGCCAGUGGUGCUUUACGUGGUCCACGUGUGCACUGGCAGGAGGCCGGGUGCAGAGACAGAGUCCCGCGUGUUUAUCAACCUCAUUGGCACCAGAGGAGACUCGGGGGCUCGAAGGCUUCAUCGAUCCAAGAACAACAAGGUCACGUUUCGGCGUGGACAGGUUGAUAUUUUUUCCAUUGAGGCAGUGUCUCUUGGAAAAUUGAAGAAAGUUCUGAUUAGUCAUGAUGGGACAGGUCCAGGUAAUGGAUGGUUUCUCGAGAGUGUUGUUGUUAAGUCUGAAGAGGAGGAUGGUGGACAAGAGGUGCUGUUCCCGUGCAACAGGUGGCUGGAUGAGUACCAAGACGACGGCAGGACGGAGCGAGAGCUGCUUGCGGACAGCGGAUGUGGGGCAACGGGAGGGACUGCGUCUGCCGCCUCCUGAGAGGACCCCCUGGGUCUGCCGCUACCCUGUGGCCUCAACAGGCUCCUCGUCUGAUGGUCACAGUGUGUCCGCCCUUCCCUUGUACUGGGACGCGCACGCAGCAGGGGCAGUUUGAGCCGGACACAUUCACUGCUUUGGGGAGAAGCACCAGCCAACACCUGAUGGAGAUCAGCCCACGGCAGCUGGCGCACAGCUGUCUCCUCUUCUCACUUCCUCUUCCAGAAAGCCUGACACCUGCUAGGUUUACUGGCGUGUUCAGGUGGCUGUAGUGGGGAGUAACUGGAGGGGCCCGUGACGUCGGAUUGCUGUGAGAUGCUGUCACACAGCGUCGGUUAAUUUUAGAGUGGAAUAUUAGAAAAGCUGCUUUCUUAUUUUUAUGUUUUCUCCUUAAAUUUCUAAAACAAGUUUAAGGUUUUGAGCGACGGAAUCCCUGUUAACAAAGCGCAUAAUCUCCCAUCAGACAGGA